AGUUCAGCAAACCCUAGUCGCAGAUCCACCGGUUGGCGACUCUACCGCCUUUCCAGAUUCAGUCCGAUCUUUGCCUCUCCGCCCCGCUGCCUCGCCGCCUCCGCUCUCUUCUUCCAUCCUGUGUUGGCACCGCCACCUACUUCCCUUCGAUCCUGUUUGUUGACCCCCUUCGAUUAUCAUAUUGUUCGUGUCGCUAUAUUGCCCACGGGCUUGCGAGGUCGAUCUACCGUUUUGUCGCCCUAUCCUUCUCGUUUGUUCACUCGGAGAACGGGCACGCGUUGGCAUCUCUUUCCUAUAGCGUGAACAAUGACUGAUGGACAACUCUAUCCGAACAUCCUCCUCGGAGGCCGUGGUGGAACUAAUCCAGGGCAAUUGAAAGUACAUCCAGGUGGUAUUGCUUGGAGAAAGCAAGGUGGUGGAAAGAUCAUAGAGAUUGAGAAAGCAGAUAUUGCUCGUAUCACUUGGAUGAAAGUUCCUAGGGCAUACCAACUUGGCGUUAGACUUAAAGAUGGAUUGUUUUACAAGUUCAUUGGAUUUCGGGAACAGGACGUCAGCAACUUGACGAAUUAUAUACAGAAGAACAUUGGUGUAGCAGCAGAGGAGAAGCAACUCUCCACCAGCGGCCAUAAUUGGGGAGAAAUUGAUAUAAAUGGAAACAUGCUUACGUUUUUAGUUGGUUCAAAGCAAGCAUUUGAGGUAUCUCUAGCAGAUGUUGCACAAACCCAGCUUCAAGGAAAAACUGAUGUCUAUAUGGAGUUCCAUGUGGAUGAUACUACUGGAGCAACAGAGAAAGAUUCUCUGAUGGAUAUAAGUUUUCAUAUUCCUACAUCAAAUACACAGUUUAGUGGUGAUGAAAACCGCCCUCCGGCUCAGGUUUUCCUAGACAAGAUUGUGUCACUGACUGAUGUUGGUUCAUCUGAAGAAGCUGUUGUCACAUUUGAGGGAAUUGCAAUCCUCACCCCCAGAGGGAGAUACAGUGUGGAACUCCAUUUCUCAUUCUUGCGGCUUCAGGGACUGGCGAACGAUUUUAAAAUCCAAUAUAGCAGUGUAGUCAGACUUUUCCUGUUACCAAAGUCCAACCAACAUACCUUUGUUAUAAUUACCCUUGAUCCACCAAUCAGGAAAGGGCAAACGUUGUACCCACAUAUAGUCAUUCAGUUUGAAGCAGAUAAUGUAGUGGAUAGAGACCUGGCCUUAUCUGAGGAACUUUUGACAACCAGAUACAAGGACAAGUUAGAAUCUUCGUACAAGGGAUUAAUUCAUGAGGUUUUCACCAAGGUCUUGCGUGGUCUAUCUGGAGCCAAGGUGACCAGGCCAGGCUCUUUCCGAAGUUGUCAGGAUGGAUAUGCUGUUAAAUCAUCACUUAAAGCUGAAGAUGGAUUACUUUAUCCACUUGAAAAAGGAUUCUUCUUUCUCCCAAAACCUCCGACACUCAUUCUUCAUGAUGAGAUUGAUUUUGUUGAAUUUGAGCGGCAUGGUACAGGUGGUUCAAGUGUGGCAUCCCACUAUUUUGAUCUCCUUGUUAAGCUUAAAAAUGAUCAAGAACAUCUCUUCAGAAAUAUCCAAAGGAAUGAAUAUAAUCACCUCAUUGAGUUUAUUAAGGCAAAGGGUAUGAAAAUAUUGAAUCUCACGGAUGCUCAAACAACCAAUGGAGUUGCAACUGCUCUUCAGGAUGAUGAUGAUGCUGUAGAUCCACAUCUUGAACGGAUAAAGAAUGCUGCGGGUGAUGAAAGUGAUGAAGAGGAUGAAGAUUUUGUGGCUGAAAAAGAUGAUAGUGGGUCUCCUACAGAUGAUUCUGGGAAUGAGGAGUCUGAUGCAAGUGAAAGUGGGGGAGAAAAAAAAUCAUCCACCAAAGAGUCAAAAAAAGAAGCUGCUGGUGUGAAGGUACCAUCUGCCAAGGGGAAAACCAGGGAUGCUGAUGAAGAAAGUUCAAAAAAGAGAAAACCAAAGAAAAAGAAGGAUCCUAAUGCCCCCAAAAGGGCAAUGUCUGGUUUUAUGUUUUUCUCAAAUGCUGAAAGAGAUAAUCUAAAGAAGGGCAAUCCAGGAAUGUCAUUUACAGAUGUUGGAAGGGCCCUUGGUGAGAGAUGGAAAAAAAUGAUUGCUGAAGAGAAGGAACCUUAUGAGUCAAUGGCCAAGGCUGAUACUAAACGGUACAGGGAAGCAAUGGCUGACUACAAGAGUAGUGCUCCUAUGGACGUCGACCCUGGCGAUGAUUCUGAUUGAUGAAAUUCAGAGUGGAAAACCUUCUGAAAUAUGGGCUAAACACUGGCUGGCACUGAAUGUCUUAUGAUCAGUAACAAGGUCAACCCAAUGGCUCGGUAAAUAUUUUUCGUUCGUGUUAAAAUACUAAAGUUGCGACGACAACCAUCUUGUGUUCUGACAGCUCAUACAUUUUAUCGCUUUUAAUUAAUUGCAUACACCUGGUGGUGCCUUUGCCAUGUUCA